UUAGUAAUUAAUCGUGAAAUACCAAUAGUGCCUGUCUCGCUUCGCUGGUUUCAAAUUGGCAAGCGAAAACUUCCGUCAGGGUUAUUAAGAGAGCUGGUCUGGCUUCGCUGGUUUGGAAUUGGACGGCCGAAACUUCCGUCAGGGUUUUCAUUGAAAAACUUGGGGGUUUUACAACUCUAUGAAGAUUAUAGUUCGUAUUUGGAAGGGGAACAUCACUUAGAAGAGCUGUGGGGGAGGCUGACGGCGAGGUAAGCAGUGUCCAUUUUACCUGUUUUAAUUCUAUAUUUCAAUCCUUUUAAAUCUACUCGGAAAUGUGUUUUGCAGACCCCUGUGCAGUUAAGGCAGUUGCUUCUUUCUCGUUGCUACAAAUUUAAAAGUUUUCCAAAAUCAAUACGACAUCUCAAUUAUUUAACAAAGAUAGUAAUCACUUGGGGCUACAGUGUUAGGAGUCUACCAGAUGAAUUUUGCCUUAUCCAUUCGCUGGAAUACUUGGUGUUAGAUGAGUGUAGGGAGUUAUCAUCACUACGGAACAACUUUGGCAAUUUGAGAAAUCUGCAGCAUCUAAGCUUGUCGUAUUGCUGGAAGUUGAGGUGGUUGCCGGUUUCUUUUAAGAACCUGAUGCUACUGGAACAUCUCAAUUUAUUUGGCUGUAGUGAUCUCAAAUUCACGUCAGAGGACAUAAACUUUCUGAAAAGCCUCACAAAGCUCGAUUAUUUGAACCUUUCUUACUGCAAACAAUUGGAAGAGUUUUCUUUUCCGGCGUCCUUGAGAGAACUUGAUUUCCACAAUACCAGUUUAAGGGAGCUAACAGAUAACAUCGGUCAACUCAGCAAGUUGAGAAAGAUGCUGAUAGCACAUGUGUUGUUGACAGCUUGCCGACCUCUCUUGGAAAUUUGUCUUCCUUCGGAUCUUGAAAUUAAGCUUUGUAAAAAACUGGAAUGUCUGCCUAACUCUCUUGAAAAUUUGUCUUCCUUGACGAAUAUUACAAUUUCUUGUUGUCCUGAAUUGCAACGUCUACCUGAUUCUCUUGGAGAUUUGUCUUCCUUCACGAAUCUUCAAAUUGUAUAUUGUAAUAAUCUGGAACGCCUACCUGACUCUCUUGGAGAUCUAUCUUCCUUGACGAAUCUUUCAAUUAAAGGUUGUCCUAAGCUGGAACGUCAAGGAGUGAAAUCUCUACCAAAAUCAAUUAGGCAACUUAAUAAUCUUCAAGAGCUGAAUCUAUCCAUGUGCCCAAUCAGCGAAUUGGAUUUUGGGGCGGCAUCAUUGAGCAACCUAAAGAAGAUAUAUUUGGGAGAGACAGAAGUGUGCAGAAUUUCAUUUUCUGAAGACUCUUGUCCCCACUUGGAGAGCCUUGGUAUUUUCGAGAAUAAACAUUUAGAGGAGAUCGAAGCACUGCCAAAGACCCUCCAGACAAUAGUUUUGGUACUCUCUGAAAUGCUGAAGAGCAUUCCGAGCUUGGCAGGAUUUACUUCUCUGAGAGGAUUUUGUCUAAGAGGUUGUGAUGGAAUUGAGAAAAUCGAAGGUUUAGAGGGCUGCACAAGCUUGCAAGUAUUGAAAGCUGAAUUUGAAGAGGCUGCAACUCAGAGAAAACAAGGGAUCAGCUAUUGAACGUUGUAUUCAAACGAAACAGAAAUGGCCAGAUGAUAUAAUGAUAUGUGCACGGGCAGUCCCUGAUGCGGCCUCACUUGUACACUCCUUACUUUCUCCGAGUCUCGUGAUCCUUGCCUCCAUCUCCAACCACAACAUCUCCAAGUUCGACACGGAAUUGGCGCUGAAGAGUCCCUCCAGUGGUGGUGCCUUCAUGUUCUGUUUUGUCAUAAAUAGGGUUUCUUCGCAAAUGACACUAUGGGGUAGGCUUCGUAGCCAUAGCCGGGAACAUUCAGUAAAGGUUGAAAAGGGUAGAUGGGUAUUGGUAGGUAUCUUCAGACAGCCCAGAUUUUUUAUUCAAGAGGUCGAAAUUGCAGAGAAGUUCAUAGUAUCGAGAGGCUACAGAGGAGAGGGAGAAGUGGAGAAAGGUUUGGUUGUGAGAGGGAAACAUCAAACACCAGUGGAGGAAGUCCGCAGUUUAUUGCCGUUUUUGUUGCAAAGUUAAUAUAGGAAGAGCACCAGUAGUUGAACACCUUAAUUUCGGGCUUCUCAAAAUCUUACGUGGAAAUUUCAAAUAACUCCCAAUUUUUUUACAGUAGCUUACUUGGCAAGUCCCCUGCUUAUAACUAAGCUUUCAGCGCCACAUCAUCAAGUAUGUUGCUACAUCAGUAUGCUUUUUGCCAAGGUGUCCAAAACAGCCAAAAAAAAAAAGUGAGACCAAUAGGCGUGCAAAAAAGGCCCCAAUAGUUGUGCAGCUGAUAUGGCAUCCCCUGAUUGGUUACUUUUUACAAUAUUAGAACACU